AAUUAGGUCAAACAUGCUAUCUUUAUAAGGAGUUUCAGAAUAUAAUACUAAUAGUUAGCCAACGCAACAGAAUUAGUAUAAGCGUGGGUUGUGUUACAUGAUUAAACAUCAUCAAGUAGUAGGCUAUUACAAUUAUUAACGUAAAUAAAUAUGCUUUUACGAAGAUCAUCGUUAUCCAUGAUUCCCUGUAUUUCUCAUUAUUUAAAUAUAUCAUAAUAGUUUCGAGACGUUAGUUUUUUUUGCUUUUUCUAUUCUCUCUCUCUCUCGCCUCUAUAAAACCAUUCUUUCUCUAUCUCAGCCACUCUCAUUACCCAUUGUAGAAAAGAAGAAAAAAAGCAAAGAACACUUGAACGUUUUCUAGAUAGAGAUGGAAGGGAAAGAAGAGGAUGUUCGAGUGGGAGCUAACAAGUUCCCGGAGAGGCAACCGAUAGGUACAUCGGCUCAGACGGACAAAGACUACAAGGAGCCACCACCAGCUCCAUUUUUCGAGCCAGGCGAGCUGAGUUCGUGGUCCUUCUACAGAGCCGGAAUCGCCGAGUUCAUAGCCACCUUCCUGUUUCUAUACAUAACAGUAUUGACAGUGAUGGGAGUGAAGAGAGCACCAAACAUGUGUGCCUCUGUUGGAAUCCAAGGCAUUGCUUGGGCUUUCGGUGGCAUGAUCUUUGCCCUUGUCUACUGUACUGCUGGAAUCUCUGGUGGGCACAUAAACCCAGCGGUGACAUUUGGUCUGUUCUUGGCUCGUAAGCUGUCAUUGACGAGAGCUGUCUUUUACAUCGUGAUGCAAUGUCUCGGAGCCAUCUGCGGCGCCGGAGUUGUCAAAGGCUUCCAGCCAAAUCCUUACCAAACUCUCGGCGGAGGAGCCAACACAGUCGCUCACGGCUACACUAAGGGCUCUGGUUUGGGUGCUGAGAUAAUCGGAACCUUCGUCCUUGUCUACACGGUCUUCUCCGCCACUGACGCCAAGAGAAGCGCUCGUGACUCCCACGUUCCGAUUUUGGCACCACUCCCAAUCGGAUUCGCUGUGUUCUUGGUUCACUUGGCGACGAUUCCAAUCACCGGAACAGGAAUUAACCCAGCUAGGAGUCUUGGAGCUGCAAUCAUCUACAACAAGGACCACGCUUGGGACGACCACUGGAUAUUCUGGGUCGGACCAUUCAUUGGAGCAGCUCUUGCGGCUCUUUACCACCAACUUGUCAUCAGAGCCAUUCCAUUCAAGUCCAGAUCCUGAUUUGAUUUCUUUCUUUAUAAAACUUCAUUGUUGCAUCUUGGUUUGUAAUUGAGCUUGAAAAUAUUUGAGAGAUCUGGAUCAUGUGUUUAUUUUAAUUAAUGGACUUGUCUUUUUCUUAUUUGCUGUGGAUGAUCUGGUUUUAUCGUUAAAUGGAGUUUGAUAUUAUGAUUGAUUUGGUACGAUUUUAAUUUUGCUUUUGUCGUUAGACUCGAGAAAUUUUCAAGAGGAAUUUGUUAAUUUGAUUUUCUUCUGGUUUGGUUCGGUACAAAUUGAGUAAGAUCCAUAUUGUUUCGGCUUGGUUUCUCGGGUCAUCGACUCAAC